AAUUUCGCAAACGGCUUGUUUUUACGCAAACAAACAAAUCGAUGCUCGUUAUACAAGUCACAUAGCACCGAGAAAUAUUGAUCAAAGUGCUUGCCUGACCGCUGACAGUGUGCGUCCGUAACGAUCACUGUAGUUAUGUGCGGAGGAAUUGUCGCACGAGAAUUGUCGCGCACUCGAAAUUCGAAACUGGGCCUUUUAUUAUUGCUCUUCUCGAUCGCGCAUCUGCCGUUAUUGCGACACGUUGAUGCCAAGAUACUUCGUGGUGAUUUGAUGACACGCGAGAAUUGGGCAUUUGUCGCGAGAUUCUGUUUUUUAACGGAACGCGGCACUUUCCGAUACCACUUUCAAUUGGGAGGUGAGGAGCGCGAUUUAAAUCUGUUGCUUUACUACGAUGGACCUCAUCAAUGGCCCACUGUCUAUCCUUCCAACAAAACAUGCCGAGAGAAAGAAAGUAUCCUUAAUAUUGAUUACGGUCAAAUAAUACCCUUGAACACAUCGUUACACUUAUCGGGAUGCAAGAAGGAUGAUGACGGUAUAAUUCGAUGCGAUAGUCAAAGGAGAUUUAUCUCGGCACGGCCGAGAUGGUGGUUCGUAGUUUUAGCCGACUGCUCUUCCAAGACAGGCUUGAAUGUCACAUACUGGAUAUCGUUGACUAACGCUCCAAUCGGUACAUUCUGGAAGGAACACUUCUCCGCGGACGAAUUCUAUAUACUGCCGCUGCUGAUAGCGACUGCAUGUAUUUAUGUGAUAGUCACUACGCUCAGUUUCUACGUAGCAUUGCAAUUACGUUCGAGGAGACUACUGCAUAUAUCCUACAAGUUGUUUAUGAUUUCCGUGUUGUGUCAAUUGUUGGGCCUGUUGUGUGAGAUUUACAGUUACGUUAAUCUUGGUUUAAGGGGAGCGCUAGCCGAGAACGCUCAUUUAUUGGGUCAGCUGUCGGGAGCAUGCUCCGAAAUUCUGUACACGGUGCUCAUGUUGCUGCUUGCGCUUGGUUACACAGUUACCAAAAGUGUCCUUACGCCGUCCCAAGUCCGAUGGCUUAUACUGUUUAUUAGUAUUACUGCCAGCUGUCAAAUGUCAUUGUAUAUAUAUCAAUCUGAGAUAUUCGACCCCGGAUUGGUGUUGUAUAUUUAUGAAUCGCCACCGGGCUAUGGAAUAAUAGCAUUGAAAUUGAUCGCCUGGUUCGUAUUCGUCACUCGUUGUUUCAAGACCAUUAGGAAACUGAACACAAAACUCCAUUUCUAUUUUUCGCUAAUUAUCUUGGGAUCAAUGUGGUUCCUCUGUCACCCGCUAACGAUAUUGACCAUCACUCUGUUUGUGGAUAAAUGGGUGAGAGAGAGCGUCGCUAAAGGAAGUUCCCUUUGCAUUGUCUUCUUGGGUCACAUAACGUUUUUAUAUGUAACUCGACCAUCUGUAAAUAAUAAACGGUUUCCAUUCCACAUUAGGACAUGUCAAGUUGUGCCUAUAGGUGGUCAUGGACAAGAUCACAGCUACGAGCCUGGUUCUCGAGCUGCAGUUACGGCAUUUACUAUCACGCAAACACCAGCUUACCUUAAUCAAUCAUGAGAAAAAAAAAUAGUAAAUAGAAAUGUAUCACUAUUGAUGGAACACACUCUUAUUUAAGUGGUUACUGAAGAAAAACAAAUUUUUGUGA